AGGAGCUUACAAGGAAUUGAAACUAAUUUGUGGAAACUCCGAAGUUUUGAGUCUUUCCCUAGCCUAAGCAGCAAUACUUGUGUCUGACAAUUCAAAGUACUCCCAAAGCAAUGUCUGGGGUUAGAGGAUGGAGGGAAGGCAGCAGGUACAGGACAGCUGCUGGCUCUAGUACUCCAUUUUCCUCUCAGGGUUACCCCUUGGAUGGCAACAACAAAACAGAGAAGGGUAAAAGCACCCAGAAGCUGAAAACGUCUGGAGAGGAACAAAGCAGCCAAGCGCCGGUCUACCAACAACAGCAACAGCAGCAUGUCAGCCCAUAUGUCUUGGUAACUCCAAAUGAAACCAGAAGAAAACAGUUGCAGCAAAUUGCUAAGAAAGAGUUAGAUGACCUGGAGCGGUGGAAGGAAGAGCACAGGCCAGGGCCGAUUACGUUGGUUCCACAGAGAUUGGGUGGAAAGGAAUCAGAGGCUCAAGCAAGGCAAAACCAGCAAAUGAUGCUCAUGCAAUCUAAAUACCAGCAAAAGCGUAAGAGAGAAGAAUAUGUAAAAGCAAAAAAGGCAGCUGAAGAAGCUGAAAUCCUGAAAAAGAAAGCAAUUCAGAGAGAAAAGGCAGAGAGACUUGAAGUUAAAAAAAGAAAAGAAGAAAUGCAAAGAAGAGAGAUGUUCCUUGAAGAUCAAAAUUACAAAACCAAUGAAUUAUUGAACAGAUUGCACCUGGGUUUGCCAAAGAGUGAUUCCUGUCAGAUUGCUAAUCCUGGGCCAGAAUCUACAGCAUGGACAAGAAGCCAUGCUUAUAAGCAAGCUCUUCGAGAGGAUGAUAACAGAAGAUUAGAGGAAAUGAAGCAAGAACAACGAAGGAAGGCUGAAUUAAUGGAAUUUAAACAAAAGCAGGAAGAGGAAGCCAGGACAAGAGCACAUCAAAAUGAACAGAGGAGGGUAAAUAAUGCUUUCUUGGACCGACUCCAGAAGAAAACACAACCUAAUGAGAGCUACCAAACUGGAUAUACUGGACUACCUCAUUAAUGACACAAGGGGUAUUGGAGAAAUACUCACUUUUAUCUGGCCUAGGUAAAAUGACUUCGUAAAAGCUCCAAGAAACCUCUUCUUUAUCAUUGUGAUUUUUUUCUUACACUGACUUCAGCUGCACACCCACUUCAUGAGCAAUCUGCAGAGACUGGUUUCUAGCUGUCAUUAUUCAUGCAUAUUUGAAACAGCUGAUUAUGAAAGUCUAUUUAAUUUUUAAUGAGAAUAUGUCUUUUUUUUUCAUAAAUUGUUUUGCCUCAUGCAGAAUGUAAUUAUCCCAGUCUUUGGGAUCUCAGAAAUUAGUUAGUGGCUGCAGAAACUGCAGUAAUAUCUGUGUUUACUUGCUGCUCUAUACCCAGACAGAAACAACUUGGAGAGGAACUAAAGAAGAAGAUAGAGGGUUUUCUUUUGGGAAGGCAAUUUUGUGAAAUUGUUUUACUGCUAUAUUCAACAACAGACACUCAAGAAGAAAUGCAUGCAUUGUAGACAGGAUCUUUUAAAUAUGUUCUUAGAAAAAUACAACACAUGAAAGAAACAAAGCUUGAAAUAACACUGAAGUUUAUUUGAUCACUCCACAACUUUUGUGGUAUGAUAUACUGUUUUUUCACUUUGCCUGUUUUACCUUGGUAACUUCUGUUACAUGUAUGGGGAAAACUACUCCUAGGUUAACUUUAGUUUCUUGCUUUUCUUUGUCCCUCUAGUCUAAUGGAAUUUAAUUUGAGUCUCCCUCUUUCUGAGACAGUUGGCAACAUUUUAAUGCUUUCCAAAAGUCAGAUGCAAGAUCAAGACAUUUCUUACCUGAAAGCAGGUUCUACGAUACAUGUUACAUAAACCACAUAGAGAAGAAAAAAUAUCUGUGGCAUUUACAAGUAUGUCUUAGGCCAAGUUAAAGGUAUCUGGAGCAGUUUUGUUCAGUGUGCAGGCAUACCAUGAUGUUUUUCCAUCACCCUAGAAAUAUGGAAUCUUCAUAAUGAAUCACCUGAAGUUUUCUUUUGAACCACUGAUGUUGCAGUCUUUCCCCUCUGGGACACUCUGUAGUUGCCCUUGGCUCUGUUUGUGUCAAAGAAUUACUCAAAUCUCUCAUACUACUAGCUAGCUGAUGUUCAUAAGAAAUGGUGGAGAUCUUGGCAAUAUUCUGUUACUUAGCCUUUUUUUAGGUAUCUGACACUGGGAAAAUUCCUUGGGAAGACUUUUUCAUACCUACCUAGUCGCAAUGCACUGCAAGCAGUAUUUGACUGUGUCAUUGGGCUUUUGCUUUGGAAAUUAAAUUUACAUUUCCCUCCAAGAACUCCUUCACCCAGCCUUCUUUGAUAGAUAUCUGGACGUCUGCAGAGUGGGCUACAUAUACAUGCAUACACAUAUAUUUUAAAGGAAAUGUCUUUGCUGAGUCAGAACCUUGUGUUGUACACUAAUGAGAAUAAGACUUGCAGGUAGCCUUUUUGAAGUAGUGAACCUGCAGCUUCUCCACACUUGAUGUAUGGUAUCCUAGAACCUGCUGACAAAGGCUCAGUGGAAGUGGAAGUCAUCAUUGUCCCUGACAAGUUGAAAUUCUGUUGCUGUGUUUCUCUAUCCAAAGCAAAAGAAGAACUUUUUAUUAACCUGUUGCUUUCACAUUCAGGAACAGUGGUAGCAAGUCAUCUCAGGUAACGUCUUCCAUUAAGCUUGUCUUCUUUCUUUUGCCUGUCUUCAAAGAUGAAACUUGAUCACAGUCUUCAAAGUGCUUCCCCUUAUCCAGCAUUUUAACCUUUUAUUUGAAAUGCUGUCUACAAACUAUUUGAGACACUAACUAUUCCAGCCCUUUUUAAUGGCAGAAUAUCUGAAUUUUUCCUCUCCUAUCUUUCUGAACAGAACAAACAAAUCUAUAUGAACAGUAGCCCAGGAAGUGUCUUUGACAGCCAUGGCCUGAAAUGAAGAUGAUAAGAAGUUACAUCCAUCCACAAAUGGAUGUUAGCAGGAUAUCUGGAAAAUGUUGUUCUUAUCCUGUUGGAAAGCCUCCAAUAUCUCAGAAUUACCACCUCCCCACACACAUAUCCUGCCCUGAUGUUAUGACAUCUCUUUAAAGGAGUUAUAAUGAAAUGAACUGGCUGUAGACUGGAAAAUGACUUUGUUUGCCAAGAGUUAGGAACUGAUAGCUGGGCAUGUUUUCUAUCUAUCUGUUAGAAUAAACCUUUGAUAAAGAUAUUCAAAUUCAAAUAGGUUCCUCUAGUUACAAGUUAUACCAACUGAACUCAGUAUCUUUAUGCUGUGGCAUAAAAACUGAUUUUUUAUUACUAUAUAACAGUAAAUGAAAAGUCUUUUUUUUUUUUUUAAUUGUUGUUAUCUCAAUAUAAUUUGCACUGAUGAUCUUCUUAUUUCAGAAACAAACCUUCCCACAGGGAGUUGUAUGGGUCUGGAAGCUGCAAAAGGAAACUACCUUGCUUUUUCAUUGCUGAGUCAAAUUCAUUUUAACAAACUGACUAAACCAUUAUAAUCAGCUAUUCUGAAUUCCAGUAUAACUUGACAGCAAGUGUCCUAUGUUUAGCCUUUAUGGUCUGCAUAAAUCAGAAACUAUCUUCCUAUGAAGAAAUGUAAUAUUAGUUUAAGGACUUACAAGACUAAUUCACUGUUACAUACCUAAAAGUUGUUCCAAUUAGCUACUAGAAAGGGAGCUAAUCCAUAGCUUACAUUUUAUGGUACCUAUCCAUGUUCGUUCACACCCUCGCUUCAAGAAAUCCAAAUCCUUGUCUUCUGUCUUGGAGAAUAUUUUAACCACCAGGUUCUUUAGGGUAGUUCUCAGCAUCCAGGCUGUGGCGACUCUUCUGUUUUAUACAGAAGAAUAGAAAUACACAUGAAAUGAGAAGGCACAUAGCUUUAUCUAGUCCAAGAGCAGGAUGUUGCUGCUGUGGCCUGUACCAUGGCUCUUGACUCCUUCCACAGACUCUUUCUCUGAUAUAUCCUAUUGAAGCACAGAGGGAAAAAACACUAUGGCUAUUUGCUGCUUCAAUGUAACCUUUAUUCUUUUGCAAUCGUUUCUCUCUCCUUUCUGAGAGACUGAUGUGUUUUCCUGGCUUCUCUCUAUGUCCCCUAUUUAUCCCAUCCUUUUCUGUCUUGACAUGGGGCUGCAUUAGGAAGAGCAUUGCCAACAGGUCAAGGGAUGUGAUAUUUCCCCUCUACUCAGCACAGGUGAGACAUCAGGAGUGCUGGGUCCAGUGCUUGGCUCGCCAGUAUGGGAAUGAUACAGACAUACUGGAGCAUCUUUGAUAUGAGAACAGACUGAGAGAGCUGUGACUGUUCAGCCUGGAGAAUAUAAGGCUCAGAGGGAUCUCAUACAUGAGUAAAUAUUGGAAAGAGGGAGAGUAAAGGAGAUGGGGUCAGAUGCCCAGCAAUAGGACAAGGGACAAUGGGCAUGAGUUAAAAUACAGAAAAUUCUAUUUAAACACAAGCCUCUUUUUUUUUUUCUUUUUUUUUCUUUUUUUUUUUUUUUUUUUGUACUGUGCAGGUGAUCAGGCAGUGUCACGGUUGCCCAGAGAGGCUGCUGAGUCCCCAUCCUUGGAGAUACUCAAACCCAAACUGGACAGUCCUGAACAAUCUGCUGUAGGUGACCCUGCUCCGAGCAUGUCUAGAUGCUCUAGUAGUCAUGGACAGGCACUCAGCAGAUGGUGACACUGUUAGCACUGUUAGUAGGCAUGGGAGCUUUUGCUGUGACUGUGGCUGGGUAGAAAUGCAAGCUUGAAGAUGAGAGAAAAUUCACCUGUGUUUCUUCAGUCUCUCAUUAAAGACUUUCUAAAUUUCAAACUGUUCUAGGGAUCUCAUCUGAUCUCUCUCUGGUCUGCUCUCAUUAAAAAAGAGUGAGUUUAUUUCUUGCCAACUUUAAUUCAUUUUUUUUUAAUUUCACUUUGAGCCUACAUUCCCUGUUCCUAGCUGUUUGAUCUUUGCACUUAGCUCUUUAAUUAAAAGAAGGCAAGACUAACUUUUCCUACUGCCUGGACCUCUCUCUAGGAGCUAUCUUUAUCUCUUAUUCAGCUAGUGACAACCACAGUCUUUACCACCAAUUUCUUUUUCCUUCCCUCCCAAUCCAUGAACUCCCGUGAACUAUAUUUGGGUAAGAAAAUCCUAGCAGAAAUGUUAUUUUUGAAAGAUGAUUCCCAUUUAGUAUUCUCCUUUAAAGUCUCUCUAGCAAAUUCUCAAUUCGCUUAUCUAGACUUUGAAGUUUGAUUAGUUCUUUAUUUUUAAAUGAGAAAGUUGUACGGCCUUAUAUAACUCUGCUCUUUUAACAAAUGCUCAUUUUGUCAGACUAGGAAUUCCACCACAAAUGCAACUUCUUUAUAUUUAAAAUUUUGUCUUUCAUUAAACCAUGUUGUCUGGUAUUAAUGAUGCUGUUCACCCUUAAUUCUUUAUUGAGCACAUCCUCUUUUGCCUUCCUGAGAUUUUGCCCUGGGUAAGCAUUAAAUUGACAGACCCGUAGUUACAUUUUCAGCACAUUAUCCUGAAAAAUUUAUUUCCUGUCUUCUUUGUUCAAUCUUUUGGACAGUCACCAUAUCUCAGAGGAUUUAUUCAGUAUCCUGCUUUGAAAACAGCAGUUUAGCAGUCUCAUCAGUUGAUACAUCUACAGCCAAUGGUUCAAGUUUUCUUUGUUGAUAUUCAGUAACUCACUGCUUUACCAAAGGAAUAAAUUAUAUAUAUUUCCCUAUUCCCAUCUGAAAUAGUUAUCUGUCUGUUUCCCAAAAAUAAAUAAGAAUGUAUGUUGCUAUCAGAAGUGAGAA